AUGCCGCAGUUCCGGCGCUGGGCCGACCUGCCGCCGGACCUCCUCUGCCGCAUCGGCGACAGGCUCCACAGCCUCCAGUGGUACGCCAGCGCGCGGGGGGCCUGCACGGGAUGGCGACGCGCGCUCGCGCCGCCGUCCCCGUCGCUCCUCCUCGUCGGCCCGGACCUCGCCAAGCGGUGCAGCCUCUCGGUCUUCCUGCACUGCACAAACUACCAUCCCUCCGCCGCCUCGCUCCCCGCGCGCCGCUCCUUCCACCUCAACCUCAUCCGCCCGGGGAGAAGCUGCGUGGGCUCCAGCAACGGAUGGCUCGCCCUCGCCCUCGCCGGCCGCCCGGGCGUGUUCAGCCUCUUCAACCCGAUCACCGCCGCCGAGAUCCUCCUGCCGCCGCUGCUCUACGGGACCGGCUGCGUCUCCAAGAUCGUCUUCGCGCCCCGCCCUGCCGCGGACGAUUUCGUCGCGGCCGCCAUCUGCAUGAACAGGCUCGUCUACGUCACCGCCGGGGCCAGAAGAUGGGCUGUCCUCGACCCCGUCCGCCUUGCCAGCGGAGACCAGCUCGCCGACCUCCUCCACCACGAAGAUGGUACGGUCUACUGCGUCACUCGCUACGGAGACGUCCACGUGCUCCGCCUACCGGAGCGCCGCCGCCGAAAACCCAUCGUUGCUGCAACCGACGAUCCAAAUCCAGCUACCCCGCUUUUCAUAAGACAGCCUACACGUGUCCCGUCGUAUCCCGCUGCACAGAUGAGUUUGCGGAUCCAACAACAACGUCGAGUUCCCGCUCCUUCCAUUGUCGAGCCAGCCGAGCCGCACCUAAAUGCACCCGCCACCGUCGAGCCCUUGUUGGCCGAGGACAACCUUCCCUUCGAUCCCGCCACCAGCUUUUCCCCGCCAUACGACAAGGUCGCUAUUUUCACCGGUGCCAAGAGCAUGGUGUUCUGCGAGGGUAACCUGUACCAGAUCUGGAGGAAUGCGAGUUGCGCGGUCACUUUGCAGCUGCCAGGAGGCCGUUCUCGCCGUGUAGAGGAGAAUGAAAUAUUCGUUCUGAGGUAUUAUCCGCGGCGCCAACCAUGCUGGGACGUUGUGACCGACUUGGGUGGCUACUCGGUGUUUGUCGGGAGGAAUAAUACGGCAUCCAUGUAUGCUGAAGGUAUUCUGGGGCUCAACGGUGACUGCGUCUACUGGCUCGGCGGGAGCGAUGGGGAUGAGGGCAUGGUCUUUGACAUGGAGACUCGAAGGUCUACACCUUGUCUUCCUGCAGUUGGGAGGUCUGCAAUUUGCUGGUAUUUUCUCAGCGAUAUGGUUAAUAAGUGCAACAAUAGUAAUGGAGGCAACAAUUUAUCAGAACCAGACAAGAGCUAG